AUGGCGAACUUUUUGGCUUCCAUUUUUGGCACAGAACAGGACAAGGUCAAUUGCUCCUUCUACUACAAGAUCGGUGCCUGCCGCCACGGUGACCGGUGCUCUCGCAAACAUGUCAAGCCCUCGUACAGCCAGACGAUCCUUAUGCCCAAUCUCUACCAGAACCCAGCCUACGACCCGCAGGCGCGCAUGAACGCCUCGCAGCUACAGAACCAUUUUGACGCCUUUUACGAGGACAUUUGGUGCGAGUUGUGCAAGUACGGCGAGCUCGAGGAGCUCGUCGUCUGCGACAACAACAACGACCACCUCAUCGGCAACGUCUACGCGCGCUUUAAAUACGAGGAGAGCGCUGCCACCGCAUGCGACGCGCUCAACAGCCGCUGGUACGCCGCACGACCCAUCUACUGCGAACUAUCACCCGUCACCGACUUCCGCGAGGCUUGCUGUCGACUCAAUUCCGGCGAGGGCUGCGCGCGAGGCGGGUUCUGUAACUUUAUUCACCGCAAAAACCCAAGCGAGGAGCUGGACCGGGAUCUGUCGCUGUCGACCAAGAAGUGGCUGAAGGAGCGCGGGCGCGAUGAGCGCAGUGUGACCCGGUCGCCAUCACCAGAGCCGACACGUCGGCGUUACUAG